UAUCCUUAUACUUUUUAUGCUUAUGGCUCCCGAGUCAAAGGAACUGCUCGCCAGUUUUCCGACUUGGAUAUUUGCUACCAAGAGGAUAUUCCCCUUUCCAUUAUCAGCGAUAUUCGUGAGGAACUGGAAGAAAGCAAUUUACCUUUUAGCAUGGAAUUACGUUUACUCCGCCAUUUAGGAGUAAAGGUAAAUUACGUGCAAAAUAUCACUGACAUUGACGAUAAAAUAAUUGCCAAAGCGGAAAAAGAAAAAAAGAGUGAAAAAGAAAUUAGUAAUCAUUACACCAAGGCCUAUUUGGCUAAUUUAAUUCGCUAUAAUAUUUCCUUCCCUAAUUAUUUACCGCGGGUAACUGAUUAUAUUCCGCAAAUCCAAACUUUCAUUGCUUCUUUAUUAGCAAAAGAGGCGGCUUAUUGUCAGGAGGGAGAAGUAUUUUUUCGGAUUGGCGAAAAUGGUGAGUAUGGUAAACUUUCCGGACAAGACUUAGAAAUAUUUGGUAAUCAAACUAUUGAUAUUCAUGGGGGAGGUAAUGACUUAUUGUUUCCUCAUCACGAAAACGAAAGAAUUCAGUAUCUAGCCCACAAUAAUAAGGAAUUAAGUAAAGAAAAAUAUGGGGCUAAUGUUUUACGCUAUUUGAUUAUAAAUACUCAUUAUAAUCAAGUAAUAAAUUUUAAUGAAGAAUUAAUUCAGCAGGGGGUCAAUUAUAUUCACAAAAUAGAAAAUCUUUUCAAGCGAUUACAAUUUUAUCUUUAUACCGAAAAAAUAAAGGUGCUGGAAAAGGAAAGCCAAACAUCGACCGAAGUAAUAACUAGUUUGUUAAAUAAUCUUAACACGGUUCGAGUUCUUUAUUUAUUGGAAGAGGUAAUUGCUUUUCUCAAUAAAAGUAUUAAUCAAGGGCAAAAAACCGAAAAUUUCUUAAUAGCGAUAAGUGAUUUUUAUUUUAUUCUUACCCUGUUAGGUUUUAAAUUUAAUUUAUCUCCUUACAAUUUAGCUACCAAAUUAUUAAUUAAGAAGUGGCAAAAAUUACGAACCGAAGAUAAACAAGACCGGAUUAUUUAUAUUGGCAAAGCCCAAAACCUAAAAGACCGGGUUAAAAGUUAUUUUUCUCUUGCUUCGACUAAUUAUUUUUGCCAACAAAUUCACGAUUUAACUAUUAUUAUCACCGCCAACGUCAAAGAAGCCUUAAUCCUAGAACAAAACCUUAUUAAAAAACAUCAGCCGCGUUUCAAUAUUCUCCUGAAAGAUAGCCAUUAUUAUCCUUAUCUGGAAAUUACUCAGGAGGAAAACCCCCGCUAUAAAAUAGUGCGAAAAAUUGACUCCAAGAAAAAAAGCGAAUAUUUCGGUCCUUUUCCUGACGGCAGUAAAGCUCGGGAAAUAUUACAGUUAUUAGAAAGAUUAUUCCCGUUGGCUAAAUGUAAAGGUAAUUUAGCAAAGCCUUGUUUUUAUUACACCAUUGACCAGUGUUCCGGUCAUUGUUGGCAAAAAGUAGGUAACGCUUAUUAUGAAAAUAUCAAACAAGGAGUAAGAAAGUUUUUUGCGGGCAAAACCCAGGAAAUCAAAGCCAAAAUUAAAAAGUCGUUAACCAAAAAUAUUAAUAAUUUAGCUUUUGAAAUUGCCCGCAAGGAGAAAAAAAUACUGGAUAAUAUUGAUUUUUUUACUAGUCAGCAAAACGUGGAAUUUUUAAACCGAGAAAAUUGUGAUUUUGGCGGUAUUUAUUGCCAAGAAAAUAUUAUUGUUUUUUACCUUUUCCUUUAUCGCUAUGGUAAAUUAGUGGCUCAGGAUGAAGCCGCUUUUCCGAUUUGA